GAGUCACUUCCGCCCGGUUCUCCUUCCCACAGUCGGCCGCGGGAAAGAUGGCGGCCCUGAGGGCUCUGUGCAGCCUCCGCGGCGGUGGCGCCCAGGUGCUGCGUUCCGGGGCUGGGGUCCAACUGCCGAUCCAACACAUCAGAGGGGCCCGGCAAUGGCAGCCAGAUGCGGAAUGGGCACAGCAGUUUGCAGGACCUGUCAUGUACCCCACCAAAGAAACAGCCCACUGGAAACCUCCACCUUGGAAUGAUGUGGACCCUCCAAAGGACAAACAGGUGUCCAACCUGACCCUGAACUUUGGGCCCCAGCAUCCGGCAGCCCAUGGAGUCCUGAGACUAGUGAUGGAAUUGAGUGGAGAGAUGGUGCGGAAGUGUGACCCUCACAUCGGCCUCCUGCACCGAGGCACUGAAAAGCUUAUUGAAUACAAGACAUAUCUGCAGGCCCUUCCCUAUUUUGACCGGCUUGACUAUGUAUCCAUGAUGUGCAACGAACAGGCCUAUUCACUAGCUGUGGAGAAAUUGCUGAAUAUCCAGCCUCCUCCCCGGGCACAGUGGAUCCGAGUGCUGUUUGGGGAAAUCACACGGAUUUUGAACCACAUCAUGGCUGUGACCACACAUGCCCUGGACAUUGGUGCCAUGACCCCUUUCUUUUGGAUGUUUGAAGAAAGGGAGAAGAUGUUUGAGUUCUAUGAGCGAGUGUCUGGAGCCCGAAUGCAUGCUGCUUACAUUAGACCAGGAGGUGUGCACCAGGACCUACCCCUUGGGCUGAUGGAUGAUAUUUAUGAGUUUUCUAAAAACUUCUCUCUUCGGAUUGAUGAAGUAGAGGAGAUGCUGACCAACAAUAGGAUCUGGCGAAAUAGGACAGUCGACAUCGGGGUUGUAAAAGCAGAAGACGCACUUAAUUACGGAUUUAGUGGGGUGAUGCUACGUGGCUCAGGUAUCCAGUGGGAUUUGCGGAAGACCCAGCCCUAUGAUGUUUAUGACCAGGUUGAGUUUGAUGUUCCUGUUGGUUCUCGAGGGGACUGCUAUGAUAGGUACCUGUGUCGAGUAGAGGAGAUGCGCCAGUCCAUUCGAAUCAUUGCUCAGUGUUUGAACAAGAUGCCUCCUGGAGAGAUUAAAGUUGAUGAUGCCAAAGUGUCUCCACCUAAGCGAGCAGAGAUGAAGACUUCCAUGGAGUCACUAAUUCAUCACUUUAAGCUGUACACUGAGGGCUACCAAGUUCCUCCAGGAGCCACAUACACUGCCAUCGAGGCUCCUAAGGGAGAGUUUGGAGUGUACCUGGUGUCUGAUGGCAGUAGCCGCCCAUAUCGAUGUAAGAUAAAGGCUCCUGGUUUUGCCCACCUGGCUGGUUUGGACAAGAUGUCUAAGGGACACAUGCUGGCCGAUGUCGUUGCUAUUAUAGGUACUCAAGAUAUUGUGUUUGGAGAAAUAGAUCGGUGAGCAGGGCAGCAGCCUUUCAUCUCCUUGCCUACCAGCUUCCUCCAUGAAGCCCGUCUUGUCGGAGAGAAGGUUGUGUGUGUGUCUGUGUGUACACACACAUAUACCUGUUGACUUAGCUGUACAGGCUUUCUGUGCAUGUACUAGAAAAGAACAAAUUAAAAUAAAUUAGCCGCUUUGUGGCCCUUAUGCUCAA